GUAAAAUUUAAAAAAUAUGUAUGUAUAACAAAACCACACAAAACUGGAAGUUUUGGGGGAACUCAUGAAUUACAAGUAUAUAACAUAAUAUAUAAUACAUGUAGUAAUAACAAUAAUAAUGAUAAUGUCUGCCUAUGUCUUGCAGUUCAGUUAGUUCACAGAAAAUCCGUGCUUAAAUGUGGUGGUGGUAUGGUAGAAUUUUUUUAUAUUUAGUGGCCGUAAUAAGCAUAAAUUCUUAUGAAAUUUCUAGUUUCACCUCCGAAGAUAUUCACUAAGGCGAAAGUUGUGAAUAAGUGGAGAGGAUGUUCGGUUUCAGGCAACAUAAAUUUAGCGCAACCGCUUACAAGAAUUGAAAGUAUCUAUUGACAAUAAUUUCAGUUCGCUGACUCAAAGGUGCACACCACUAACUCUACCUAAAGCCUUUAUGUAAUAUGUUACAGUGUUUUUUGAGAGUUCCAGGGAAGAAUAGGGACGAACAAGAGAGAAAAUGAAGGGGCAGAAUGCAUGGAUCAACAAUAAAUCGUAGGAGAAGAGGUUGAGUUAUGAUGCCAGAAAGUCUCAAGUUCUUUAUGUGUAAUAAGAAUUCACCAAUGCCGAAACAACUGAAAUUAUUGGCUUAUCGGAUAGAUAACUUUGGUAUUCGUAUGGCGAAUACAUUUCGUCGUAUCCCAAUAAUUCGUCUUAUUACGAUAUCCUAUUUAUUAAUACUUCAUAUAUGGAUGCUACUCUCAUUUCUGCUGCCUAUGAAUAAUAACACGACAACUACUACUAGUAGUAGUAGUAGUAAGUUACCUGCUGAUCAUAAUUCACCACCAGUUGUCGAUCCAGUUAAUCAGCUUCCUGUUGUGUUAAACAAGCCUUAA